AUGACGUCGUUACAACGACGUUGUUCUUUCCAUCGCCAAUUCGCCGUCGUUUGGUACUCGCCUACUCGUGAACCGAACCGUGGUUACCCGCCUUCACACGGUUCGGUUCAGGUUUUUGUACAAUGCAGUUCGGUUUUGGUUAGUGCAUCCUCAUUCAAUCUCAUAGCACAUAGAACGCAAACCAAGAAGACGACGACUGAUACUGCCGCCGAAAACCUCCCACAAGACACCGGAAACCACCGUUCUCUACUCCUAACUACUCAGACGAUCCGAUACCACUUCAUCCCAACAAUCAAACAGUAG